AUGGUAAUACAAUUCUUGAGAGUAUCUACAGACAUCGAUGAAUGUGCUUCUGGAACCCAUAAUUGUCAUUCUGAUGCCAACUGUACCAACACCAAAGGGUCAUUCUACUGUACCUGUCAUACGGGAUACUCUGGAGACGGAGUCACUUGUAAUGAAUUUUUAAUUAAAAUCACAGAUAUAAGCGAAUGUCAAACUGAAGCCCUGGCGUCUCAUCACAGCAAUUAUGCUCAUAAUUGUCACGACGAUGCUAACUGUACCAACACCAAGGGAUCAUUUUAUUGUAUGUGUCACCAUGGUUACUCAGGAGAUGGUGUUAUUUGUGCAGGAACGAAUGUUAUAAUCAAAACGAGUCACUUAAAUCAAAUUGCAGAUAUCAACGAAUGCCGAUCGGACGACCUCGCGUCAAUCCACAGUCACUUCGCGCACAACUGUCAUGUUGAUGCUAACUGUACCAACACUAAAGGAUCAUUCUACUGUACGUGUCUUAAUGGUUAUUCUGGUGAUGGAGUGGCUUGUGUAGAACCCAUUUCAUUUACUUCAGACAUAGAAGAAUGUACAACAGACACAGACAACUGUCACGUGAAUGCCAACUGUACAAACACCAAGGGAUCAUUCUACUGCACGUGUCAUGAAGGAUACUCUGGAGAUGGAGUCAUGUGUGAUGGUACCGUAAUUCACAAUCACAUUUCUUUGCUUCCAGACAUUAAUGAGUGUUUUCCUGGUCUGAUAUCUGAUGAAUAUCGCGAUCUUGCUCACAACUGUCAUGAUGACGCAAACUGCACCAACACCAAAGGAUCAUUCUACUGCACGUGUCAUACGGGGUACUCUGGAGAUGGAGUCACGUGUGUUGAUGUGGACGAGUGUUCUCCAGAUCAGAUACCCGGCGAUUAUCAGUAUCUUGCACACAAUUGUCACGCUGAUGCAAAGUGCUCCAACACUAAAGGAUCAUUCCACUGCACGUGUCUUACCGGAUACUCUGGAGAUGGCGUCACAUGUGUCGGUGAGUCUUGGAUCGAUUGGUCAUAAUGAGUAAAGCAACCCCACCCAAUGCAAAUCAAAUUGAACGUAGAGAAGGAGUAAAAGGGGAAAUGGGAAUUACCUAUUUUGUUUUACUGGGAAUCACAAAACAAAUCAGGGCAAUGGGAUUGGGAUUUCUGCAAAAACUAAGCUAGAAAAUGCGAUUUUAGCAGGAUUUGGGCUUGGAAAGGGGAUUCAUACCCCACCUCAAGACCCUCGAUGGCUGGUUCUAACCUGAAGAUCAUAUAUAGUUAACUAGAUUUUACUCUUUUAGAUAUCAACGAAUGUGACCCAUCUGGAUUAUCACCCGACUAUCAGCAUCUCGCUCACAUCUGUCAUGGUGAUGCCAACUGCACAAACACCAAAGGAUCGUAUAACUGCGGCUGUCAGGAAGGCUAUGCAGGAAAUGGAAGUCAAUGCGAUGGUAACUUGACGGGACUUUUACUUUGUACCUUGUUCGGUUGGUAUAUGAUAUCCUGACCAACUACCCUGUCAACUACUUUAAUUUCGUGUCUGGAAUGGGACAAGUAAAUGCUGCAUUUAUUCUUACCGACUUAUUGUGAUUGUAAUCGCUUUUUUCCCAAAAAUAAGAGGUUGGGAGCUGUAAGCUCGUGUUUUUUAUUAUCAAGGUUACGGGGGAAACAGUGCAAUGUUUGAACGUUUCUGUUUCCUCGCAUUUUAUAUUGGUAGAUUGUGACUGGUUUUUGGACUCCAUGAGAGCUGCAUAAACUCGCAACAACUUUAUGUGGCACUGAUUUCACGUACCUUAAAAUAGCUCGACAUGGCCAGGACGAUUUGAGGUCAUAAGUUCUUAAAUCACUCGUUUUUAGGAACUUUUCUGACACUGCCCGUAACCAUUUUUUUUUGUUAAGACAUCGACGAG